AACUAAACGCAAGAUGCUAAAGAGACGAACUACGAGGAAUGCGCACGUGCGCAAAGUCACUCCUGGCCAAUCGUGCCCUUGGGAUUUUAUGGACGGUCUUUCUCCUCCUCGUGCGAGGAAGGAUAAAAAGGCCAUUCCACAGACGCACUCUGGUGUACUUCCCCCGCAUAUGUUCACGAUGCUGCAGCUGCUGACAUUCUUGGUGGAGAAGGUCUCCCUUCUUUUCAAGUUCAAACUCUUUGAGUCCAGCUGGUUAGAAAGCCGGCAGCGGGAGCGCGCUGAGCGGCGCGCUCCAUCGCCACCCCUCCGCAGGGGAGACGUGCUAGAGGUUCCCAGAUCCCUCUUCACUCACUUCGGCAUCUAUUUAGGCGACAACAAAGUAGCUCACCUGAUUCCAGACAUCCUCCCCGUGCUCACGAGCAACGACAAGCUCAUCAGCUCUGUCAUCACAAACGAGAGGCUCAUCCUCGGCUGCAUAUACAGGUGUGCCACGGUGCGCGUAGACACGCUGGAGGACUUCGCGUAUGGCGCCAACAUCCUCGUGAACCACGCUGAUAAGAUGAUGAAGACGCCACCUCUGCCCGACGACACCGUCGCCAAGAGAGCUGAAAAACUCAUAGGAGCCUUUCCGUACAGUUUACUGUGGAGUAACUGUGAACACUUCGUGACGUACUGCAGGUACGGAGCAGCAAGGAGCCGGCAAACAGAGCAGUUCUGUGAGGUCCUGAAAUCAAUCAUCAGGGACCAGCGCACUGUUAUCGUUUCCGGGCUGCUUGGAAUUAUCUCUGUUGUUUACUUUGGUAUGGCACCUUUAACUACAUUACCCACAAUUCUGAUUCCCUUCACUCUCUGGAUGGCUGGUUAAAGGAGCUCAAGGCAAGAAGCCAAUAAAGAAGCCGGGAUGAACUUUUACUUGGCACAGAAGACUUGGCAAAACCUCCCUGGAACACUGAACUCCAGCUUCAUGCUUUGUCGCAGUUCUUUGAUUUUACUGGCCAACAGUGUUUGAUGUAUUAUGUUGUUACUGCGUCAUUAGUUUCUUAUUUUACUCUCAAAAAAUGUGGGGACUAAACUGAUUUCUUUAUUAGAAGAAUACAGUGAGUUAUUUUUGCUAACAUUGAGUCACCACAAAAGUGAGUAUAGAGUGGACUAAAUCAGUAAUAAUGUUGAUGUAUGUAAAUAAAGGUUAUGAA